CUCAUGUAGUAGGUAGGAGGGAGCAGUUUUUAUCGAGAGACCCCUGGCCAGUUCUGACGAACGACGCUUGAGACCUUUCGACGGAAACACUCUUACUAGUGUGACCAAGUCCUGUGACCGUCACAUAUUUUGAAACUACCUCUUCCCUCUCUCUUUGCUCUACUCCCUCUAGUUGAAACCCUUCGCAACGACGUCAAACUCCAUCUUGGUCUGAUCAACCGAGUGCGUAGUCACCUAGUCGCGACUUGCUGAACAUGUUUUCCUUUACUCCAGCUAGUGUCAACAGUGAGAUAGAGCGUCGGUGCUCGACCAUGGAACCCACGGUGAUUGGCCCCUGGGUAUUCGGUGAGACCGAGCAGAAUGGGGAGAGCAUCACCGAUGAGAUGCAAAUCUCUCGGGUGACCUCUCCCACAGUUCCCGAGUCUCCAGACUGCAGUACGGACGGAUAUGCAUUAUUUUCAGUUUGCAUCGUCCAAGAACCAAUGGGCACUGUAAACAAUGACAGUGUCUGGCGCCAGCACCUCGACACAGUAGUUGAGAUGGAUGCUGAGUCGCAAACGAAUGAGGAUCUUGAUUUGGUACAGACACCAGCUCCUGCUAAUAAAUUUAAACUACAAAGGCCUGCAGUAUGGAAUGAGAGCUAUCAACCAGAGAAACCCAAAGAGUGGGUAAGGCUGGACAUACCACACAUGAAGGAAUCCACACCAGCACCAGUGAGACAGCUGGACUGGUCCAUGUUUGAGGAAGAUGACUCUUACUUUGCAGUGCAGCCACAAGUUGAUAGUGGCUCAAUGAUGGGUGAACUGCAGGUUGUGUCAUCCAAAAAAGGGAAGGGCCAUGCAAUUGAAGAUGGCAGAGCCAUCAAAGCAUAUGAGAAUGACUUACCCUUCAUCCUCCCCCAUGGCAGUGGUGAUGAUGACCCAAUGACAAUCAUUUGA